UCUGUGUUUCUGUUCCUUCCAACUGCUGUUCAGAAGUGAAAGCUAUGGGUAAAGCUUCAAUCAUUCCCCCUCAUAGCCAGAAAGCCAGGUCACAUGUCCGUGCGGGAAUAAUGGCUGCACAGGAACCAUCACCACCAUCUUCAUUAGAAGGCAACAAACCUGGAUUCCCUAAGAAAAUACUGGCCAACAAGCUUGAGGACAAACAUUUGUGUAAUAUUUGUCAGAAAAUUUUAAGACGGCCUUUCCAAGCCCAAUGUGGUCAUCGCUUUUGUUCAUACUGUUUUAACAAAACUGUGAGUUCUGGACCACAGAAAUGCAGUGCUUGUAUUAAAGAGGAGAUUUUUGAGGAACCAACAUCCAUUCUGAAACAAGGCUGUGCAUUUCCUGACAACGCAGCGAGAAGAGAGGUGGAGGCUCUAGCGGCAGUGUGUCCCAAUGAAGGCUGUUCCUGGACGGGCAGCAUUAAAGAAUACGAGCUUACCCACGAAGGAAAGUGUGACUAUAUGAUCAUCUCAUGUCCGUCCUGUAAAGAACUUCUCCGGGCUAACGAGCUGGAACGUCACAAUGAGCGUGAAUGUCCAGAAAGAACAUUGAAUUGCAAAUACUGCAAAGAACCUUUUCAGUUCAAAGAUAUUAAGGCUCAUGAUGAAAUAUGUCCAAAGUACCCAAUGAUAUGUGAAGGAUGUGCCAAGAAAAAAAUUCCCAGAGAAAAGUAUGUGGACCACAUCAAGCUCUGUACUAAAUUUAGAGCACCGUGCAGAUUUCAUGUGGUUGGCUGCGAUAUGUCAGUGUGUGUGCGUGUAUGUGUGCCCGUACCUUUUCAGGUGGAGAAAGAGAAGAUCCAGGAGCACGAGCGCGCCUGCUCCCACGAGCACCUGAACCUGCUGCUGCACUUCAUCAUGGGCGUCAAGGUGAACUUGGAGAGUCUGCAGCCCCAGAGCCUGGAGCUGGCCAGCCACAAGAUCCACGAGCUGCACCAGGCUCUGCAGGACCUGGAGCAGAAGAUGGGCCAGCUGGGUGUGGGGGCCCCCGUGCAGGGCGCCUGUGCACCUCUCCCUCUCCCUCUCCCGCCCACGCCCACGCUCUCCACCUCCUUCACCCCGCUGCCCACGGGCGUGGGCGCGGCUCUGGAGCUCCAGCUGCACAAUGAGAAGACCAAGGUGGCCGAGCUGGGCCGGCGCUGCCAGGAGCUGGAGCUCAAGGUGAGCACGUUCGAGAACAUCGUGUGCGUGCUCAACCGCGAGAUGGAGCGAUCCUCUGCCACCAUGGAGGCCUACAACCGCCAGCACCGCCUGGACCAGGACAAGAUCGAGAUACUCAGCAACAAGGUGCGUCAGCUGGAGCGGACAGUGGGCCUGAGGGAUCUCUCCAUCGUGGAGAUGGAGGGAAAGAUGAGGGAGAUGUCGGCCGCCACAUACGACGGCGUCUUUGUGUGGAAGAUCUCCGACUUCAGUAAGAAAAGGGCCGACGCCGUGGCUGGAAGAGCUCCUGCAAUGUUCUCCCCAGCCUUCUACACCAGUAAAUAUGGCUACAAGAUGUGCUUACGCAUCUACCUGAACGGGGAUGGAACGGGACGAGGCUCUCACUUGUCUUUAUUCUUCGUGGUGAUGAGGGGACACAGUGAUGCCCUGCUCAAGUGGCCCUUCAACCAGAAAGUGACCCUCAUGCUCCUGGACCAGAACAACCGCGAGCACAUCAUCGACGCCUUCCGACCCGACAUCUCAUCCUCGUCUUUCCAGCGGCCCGUCAGCGACAUGAACAUCGCCAGCGGCUGCCCGCUCUUCUGUCCGCUCCCCAAGCUCGACUCCAAGAACUCCUACAUCCGCGACGACACCAUCUUCAUCAAGGCCAUAGUGGACCUGACUGGUCUGUAGGUGUACCCCCAACAUCCCACCCCACCCCACCCCACCCCCGCCAACCACUACCACCACCACCACCACCACCCCCUCUUCCUUUCCUUUCUAUCCCUGUGCCUCAAUUCCAGAACUCUUGCCUGAGCUCUCAGCCAUUCCACAUGCGGUCCGAGUUCCUGUCUGAUCUUUCGAAGCGUUGCACCCGGAGCUUGCCGUUGCCUAGCGGAUCGUCGCGAACGGCACAGCGUUGUGCUGAAUUUGGACACGGCUAACCCGCGUUCCGACGCUGCAGACGAAGCGAGGCCCACAAACCGUGCAGUUUUCCUCGGGUUCGGGGUCGAAUUGGGUCACUGCAGAGGCCUGCGGCCAUAAAGGACCCUUUCCUCUGCGCGCUGGUAGAGGUGGCUAGCUGUCAGCUGUGAUUGUAAUGUACAGAACUUCCUUUAUCGCCCGUGCCGCGUUUGGUAGGCACAUUGCCUUUACGGAGAUCGAAGACUUUCCUUCAGCAGACUGCAGUUUCUUGUUUUUCUAUUCUUUUUUUUUUUCCUGCUUCCUCUUUUUUCAGGUCUUCAAGAUCUGGGCUUCUGUAGCUGUCAGCGUGCUUCAUGCUUCGCUUAUUUUAGUCCUUAACCUGAGUGCAUUUCUGCAUAGACAGACGUGGAGUUCCAAUAACAAUAAGCAGUUGCCCAUGAUUGGCCUUUCGCAUCUCUAAUCCGCUACGUGAAUCUUAACUGCUAGUCUGUGGCAAACCGUAUGCAUUGAAGUCUUCUGACAUUCCUCCUUAGCUUUGUGUGCCUAUGAUCUGGACUCCUGUGUUAUAGGUAUAUGGCAUAAUUACAUGUAGUGGUGGACAUUGCUUGAUUUCCAUAAGGUCCCAAGCACAGACAUUUUAGGAAUUAAAAAAAAAAAAAAAAAAAGAAAAGAAAAAAAAACAACCGUUAGGGAGAACGUGAUGUGUACACGCGUGUCUGCGUGCUUGUGAGCACUUAUUAGGCUUCUGUUUUUCAGUACCAGUUGUUUUCGGGUGCCCUUUUUGCUUGGUUUGCAUAUUGGAUCUGUGGAAGAUACAUUCUAGUUAGCAGCAGAUCAGGGUUGCUCAUUGACCAGAAAAGGGGAGUUGAUUGUCUCUUCGUUCCACGACACGACUCGACAAAAGACAUCAGCCUCAAGAGAAAAGAGUUCACACACAUCAGCUGUCGACUUUAACUUCUCAAUCUUAAUCCAUAAUCCCACUCCCCGCCAGUCAGACAAAAACAUCGACAAGAAAGUCAGGUUUUGACAGAAGGUCUCUAUAUAACUCGAUGGAAAUGGUUCUGUAUCAGUUUAAAGUUGUGAAAGACGUUGGUAUUUAGCGUGAUUGUUUUCUGCCGCCGUUUAAGGGCCA